AUGAAUCCCACCAACCCCACGCCGGGGACUUCCACAAUCACCGGCUCCGCCGUCACUUUCCAGCCUCCCCCAAGCCAUCGGAUCCUCGAGAUCUGCCUCAUCUCCGCCAAAGAUCUCUCCCCCGUCUCUAAGCCUCUCCGCUCCUACGCCCUAAUCUGGAUCCACCCCAAUCGGAAACGCUCCACCGGCAUAGAUCAGAACGGCAACACCAAUCCCGCAUGGAACGAUAAGUUUUCGUUUCGUGUAACCGACGAAUUCCUCAGCUCCGAUCGUUCCGCCGUGCACGUUGAGAUCUACUCCUCAUCGUGGUUCCGAGACGUGCUCGUCGGGACCGUCCGCGUCACUACGAGCAAUCUAAUCACGCCGAUCGCCGUUAACGGCCAGAGAUUUGUGGCUCUUCAGGUCCGCCGUCCGUCAGGUAAUCAUCAGGGAAUUCUGAACAUGGCGGUUUCCCUAAUCGAUCGUAGAGUCAAUGCGAAAGGCGAAAUAAUCGAUAUGAAAUUGGGGAAAAUGGUGAGCGUACCUGAAUACGAAGACGACGAUGACGACGACGAAGACGAGGAGAAACAGAAAUUGAACGCCAAAAUCCAACAAUGGCGAGCCACGUCGGCCUACGAGGAUUUCCCCGGGAAGGCGGGAUCCAUGGUGGACGGAGGAUCCGUGUGCAACGGAUCCCUAAUAAACGCCGGAUCCGAAAUCUGCUCCGAUAUCGGACCAUCCGCUUCGGUCGUCGCCGCGGAGAUAAUCCGAAAAUCGCAAUUAUCUCCGUCGCAACCGAAGGAGCCGCCUCCGCCGGCCAAAAAAGGAAAAGGAAAAGGCGACGACGGCGAAGAGAGCAUGAUAUUGGAAGACAUGACCGCCGAGGAAGCGGCGGCGAAAGGGAUAAACACGACGAGCGUAGAACGGUGGAAGCGGGGAGAUGCGGCAAAACAUGGGAAGAAGGGACAGGACAAAGACGGCAGGGUGAAGUGUUUUGCAAACGCUUACGGAUUUGAAUUCACCAUAGUUUGCGGGGCCGGCAACGGCAACGGAAGUAAAGUCAAUAAGGCCGGAAAAUCCAAGAGUUGA